CGUCAAUUCGCGGUAUCGACACGCAUCUUGCGUGAUGAGAAUCGUGUUGAAGACAGUUAUCAUGAUUUUAUGCUAAUGGAUGAGCGCGGUCCAAAUGCACACACAACUGCACGUGUCAUGAGUGAUGAUGGCAUAGAACUCUUUAAUUUGAUUGACCAAAAUGCAGUUGGUUGCUGGCAUUCGUCGAUGCCAUACGCACCAGAAUAUCACGGUAUUGUUGAUCGUGAUGAUGUGGGCUUAGUUUUUCCAGCUGACGUAAAAAUUGAUGAGAAUAAAAAUGUUUGGGUGCUGUCUGAUCGUAUGCCAGUAUUUCUUCUAUCUGAUUUGGAUUAUAAGGAUGUCAACUUCCGCAUAUAUAAUGCACCGUUGAGUUCACUUGUAGAAAACACCGUUUGCGAUAUACGUAAUAAUGGCUAUGUACCUCAACCUACUGUUGUUAUUCCAAAGCAACGUCCUGUGUAUAAACAAUACGUCAGCGACAUAACUAAAAACACAGUCACUACACCUGUUAUUAUAGGCACUCGUUCAUAUUUGUCACCAUCUUCAAAUAUUGAUUACGGCGAGAAGACCAUACCAAGUGCUUAUGUCUUCAAUCAGCAUAAUGGACUUAGUUACGAAACCAAUGGACCACAUCUAUUUCCGUUGCAGGAUAAAGAAGGCCUAAAGAACUAUGUUACCUCUCGCAAUUCAAACUGGUGGCGUCAUCAUCACUUGAGUUAAGAAUAGCAAUGGAACAUUGUUUUGGAAGUCUUACAAACUCAUUUCAUUUGCAUUAAAUUAUAUUUAGAAGACUUCUCUCUUUUAGUCUACAAUUUUCUUUGCAUUUUAACCAAAUCUUUUAUAAUUAAUACAAAUAUUUCAAUAAUUGUUAAAGUCGAAAUUUAUAUAUCAAGUCCGAGUCCUUAACAAUCUUCAUAUCAAAUGACUAUUUAUGCUAUUCAUAAUCUAAGCUACAUUUUACGUGUAAAUACUCAACCUAAUUUAUAAACCAAAAUACCUGUAAGUGCCUUUUGCUCUGUGCUCAUCAAUAAGUUAAUUUUUGUGUUAAUUUAAA